GUCGCCAGCGAGACCCCCGCCGACACCCCCAGCCCCGACGGCCGGGAGGAGCAGCCCCCUCCCUUCGGCAGCGGCGACGCCGCGGGAACCGGAGUCGGCAACCGGCGGAGCCUCCGCGUGUCCCACUCGGGCCGCUUCAAGGAGCGGCGGAAGGUGCGCACCUCGCUGCUGGCCGACAGCCCCGAGGUCUUCGACGGCGGCGGCGCCCCGGGCCACGCCGCCCAAGGGGCCGAGUAGCCCAGGAGGGCCUUGCCCAGGAGCUGCCACUGGAUGGGCGGCCGGAGAACUGGCGGGACCGGCAGCAGGAGUCAGUGACUGCCCCACAGCUGGGCUUGGACCCAUGGGUGACUCGUCGGCAGCGGCCUCCCAAACGCUGAGCGGACACUGCGGGGAGCCCGGCACCACUGCCGGGCGAGGGAAUCGUGUGCUGUGUUAGGUGAACACGGCCAAUACCAAACCCCCGGAUGACGGGACGAUGUGAUUGUCUUUUUAAAAAAACACAAAUAAACACCCCACUCCCUGUACUGUGGUGAGCGGACUCAAAGGUGCUAUAUCCCAAGGCCGAUGGUGGGGUCUCUGAACCUUCCUGCAGCCCUUGCCAGGAGCCAACGUGCUGACUCUGAGGCCUGUGACCUAGCUCUUUCUGGCUCUCAGGCCGAGGAGGUGCUUUGCUGCCUUCGUCUCACAAGCUGUCUUAUCGAAGGAAGGGGGGAACAAAGUGCUCUUAUGUAAUUUCAGGGCCGAGGACCUCCGGCGGUGCCGAAAGUGUGCCUGUCCUGCCAUUAGCCACAAACACGUCCUCCGUCCUCCACGGGGGUCAAAAGAGAGGUGUUGUGAGGAGCAGGCCCUUGCCUUUGCCCAUGUCCCACAUCACAUUUACAUAUGGAAAAGGCAGGACCAUGCUGGUAUUCUCCCUCUUCUUACUGUGUGAUACUAAGCAGGUGUUUCAGAGACUGGUCCCUCAUAGUUCUACUACAGAGGGAGGCCCAUGGUGUCUAGAAAUUCACACUAUUUACCCAGGGGAUACAUGAUUUUUGCAUAAUUGGUGUUAACUGGUGUAAUGAAGCUGCAAUGAAGAAAUUAUGUGAUAAGAUGUAAACAUGCUUCUGGGAGAUGAGCCCAGCUCUGGAGAGCACAAGCAGGGUUGCAGUUCUAGUGUGGAAGUAGGCUUGGGCACCACUGGAAGUGUUUGCUGUUUACCACAUCUGAGGCUUUUGAAGCAAGGUUAAAUGUCCCAGGAUUUCUUCUGAUGGUGAGAUGAUGUGCUUUCACUCAAGUAGUUAUCUGCUCCCUCUAAGAGCUCUUGGAUUUUUGGACAAAUAUAAGCCAGAUUUGUACUGGUGUUGUGCCUUACAGAGCAAAAUCAGCUAAAAUACUUAGCAAUUACACGUUUCUUGAUAGUAGGUGAUGUAGCAACAACUGACUUAUUUAUUUUAAAUGCAUUUGCAAUAUACUUUAUAUUGUUAAGAUGGUUUUAGACUUUUUCUGAAUACGAGAUACUACAUAGUGGCAGGCACUGAAAAUUACUUCCUAUCAGUCAAGUAUUAUGCAGUUAUGAUUUUGGUUAUUUGUAAUUAAUCAUUUGAAGUCAAUUAAAAAUAAAAAGUGACUAGAAAGGAAAUAAGAACUGAGUUCCAGUUGAAAAUGUGAAUUAAACCAGCCACUGACAAUCAAAAUUAAAUGUUGCACCAGAUUCUGGGCAAGUGCCCCAUGGUUUAAUGUGCACAAUAAUAUGUAGUGAACCUUGAAAGCUCCUGUGCAAUAAACUCAGACAACGUAGCUGCUGA